GUAGGGGCGGGCGCGCGGGGGAAGGCUUUACGGCGACGCCGAGCCGGGCCAACGUGGGACUCGCGGCUGAGCGGCGCGGGGUCCGCUUGAACUCGGGCUCCGCCGGCGCCUGCGGUUCCGGCUCUCGCCCCGCUGCGCGCGCAGCCCCGGCCCGCCGGUCGCUGGGGGCGCGGAGCCCGCGGGCCGCUGAGGAGGAGGAGGCGGAGGAGCGGCGGUGGCGCCACAGUCUAGGCCCAUCUUACUCCAUCCCCACUAGCUCCACAGAGGCUUCACAGAUGGACUCAGUGGAAAAGACGACAAAUAGAAGUGAACAAAAGUCAAGUAGAAAGUUUUUAAAAAGCCUCAUUCGGAAGCAGCCCCAGGAGCUGCUCCUGGUCAUCGGGACUGGCGUGAGUGCAGCCGUGGCUCCAGGAGUCCCUGCCCUUUGCUCCUGGCGCAGCUGCAUCGAGGCCGUCAUCGCGGCUGCCGAGCAGCUGGAGGUGCUUCACCCCGGGGAUGUCGCCGAGUUCCGGAGCAAAGUGAUGAAGGACCGGGACCUGCUGGUGGUGGCCCACGAUCUGAUCCGGAAGAUGUCCCCUCGUACAGGCGACACCAAGCCCAACUUCUUCCAGGACUGCCUGAUGGAGGUAUUUGAUAGCCUGGAGCAGCAUAUCCAAAACCCACUGGUGCUGCAGUCCAUCCUCAGCCUGAUGGAGAAGGGCACCAUGGUCCUGACCACCAACUAUGACAAUCUGCUGGAGAUCUUUGGGCAGCAACAGAACAGGCCCAUGGAGUCUUUGGACUUGAAAGAUAAGACUAAGGUACUUCAGUGGGCGAAGGGACACAUCAGAUACGGUGUUCUUCAUAUCCACGGCUUAUACACAGAUCCCUGCGGGAUGGUCUUGGACCCAUCAGGAUACAGAGAUGUUACUCAAGACCCAGAAGUAAUGGAAGUUCUCCAGAACUUGUAUCGCACCAAGUCCUUCCUGUUUGUGGGCUGUGGAGAGACCCUUCGUGACCAGAUAUUCCAGGCCCUCUUCCUCUACUCAGUGCCGAAUAAGGUGGACUUGGAGCACUAUAUGCUUGUGGUCAAGGAGAAUGAGGACCACUUCUUCAAACACCAAGCAGACAUGCUAUUGCAUGGCAUCAAAGUAGUGUCCUAUGGGGACUGUUUCGACUACUUCCCAGGAUAUAUGCAGGACCUGGCCACUCAGAUCUGCAAGCAGCGGAGUCCAGAUGCUGACCGAGUGGACAGCACCACACUGUUGGGUAAUGCAUGUCAGGACUGUGCAAAGCGGAAGUUAGAAGAAAAUGGCGUUGAUGUUUCAAAAAAACUGAGACAACCAGAUACCGAUGAUGCUGGAGGGUCUUGAAUCUUUAAAACCAAUAAAACUUGCAACUUGAAAGCCAGCCUUCAGUAACCACAGUGCCAUACCCAAACGAUGAGGAAUGUUCAGAGAAGUCCACACGGCACCUCUCGCUUCUAACACCAGACGACACACAGCACCCGAAAGAGCCAUGUGGGCGCGUGGCCCUCGGAGGCUGGGUGUAGAGCCCGACCGUUGAGUGCUCAGCUCUCAGGAGGUGAGACAUACCCGCUUCAGGUGAUUUUAGCAGAUGGACCACUACCUCAGGCACCAAACUCAGUGGGGAAGGCCUAUGCCAACUCUUCCUGACGCCCAGUCGAUAAGCUCUCUUGUCAAGGUGGCUUUUUCUAAUAAAGGGGAGAAUGCAGACUGUCCAAGCAACAGUAGUUGCCAAAGAGAAAAAAGGAAACUAGACACAUUCUGUAAUUUUUGGAAAUGUCUGUUACUGUAGGAAAAAAAUUAUAAGUAUGUUUGUUAAACAGUUAAUGGAUACUCCAAGCGCUCAGUCUGCUAGUGAGAAUAUGGGACGUAUGUAAGGCUUUCUUGGGGUUACAGGAUUUUUGGAGUUCCUUCCCAGGGAGAUGGCAGGUCAGAAGUGUGAAGUCACGAGGGAGAACCAGAGGGCCCUUUUUGUGGCUCAGUGUUGUCCAAGUCCAUUUUGUGACUAAGUGAGAAAUUGUAAGUGACGCACAAGAGCAAGGCUUUAAUGUAAAAGCCUCAGACCCACCAAGUCUUCCACUAGACAGGAUAAGUCCCUCUCUCUCUGGUUUUCUCUGCAGCCCUCCCCCGGCCUGCACAGGAAGGGCAUUUGCAGACUGAGGUAGGCGAGGCUGGCAUAGGCCCUUCCGUAUGCCAGUGCCUCCAGGGUUGCCCUGGCGAGACUGUCUGAGCGGGUCCAGGGCUGCCACCUGCAGUUGCUCCGUGAUCAUGACAGAGACCCUGCUUAGUGUCCUUUUCAAAGGACGCCUGUUUUGUGAUGUGACAUUUCUUGCCAAGUCCUACGGCAUUCCCCGUUGUUGGCAUGAGUACCCCACAGACAUAAGGUUGAGAAUAAGAAAUAUUAGGUUAGGGAGUAAAAUGAGAAAUAAAUAAGCUAGAGAGACUUAUCUGCUUGAUACUUUUUUUUUUUUUUUUGUCUUUUUAAAGCAUGGAAAACAAAUCUUAUAUGUUACCUGAUCAUAAAUAAAAUUUUAACU